AUGAAGAUAGACAUACUGAACACGACUAUUCUCUUAAAUGUGGUCAUUUCUAUGCUACUCAAGGGCAUUACGAUACAAAUUAUCUAUAAAUCGCUUUUUAUUAUUGCCAUCAGACUUAUAACAGGCCACUUAAAAAUAUACACAGCACUCGCAUUUUACAUGAUCAUAGCAGCAUCUUCUAAUUCACUUGAGGAUUUAUUCUGCCUUUAUUUAAUUCUUUAUAUAUCGCCAGCUAUGCUAGAUCUAAAAAUAAAAUGCAUUACAAAAUUUUCCCUUAUAAUAUGUAUAGUUUGGCUAACCAUAGCUGGCUUUUACCAUAGAGGCCAGCUUGAGGUAUUAGGAAUUGUUUUAGUAUUGAUAUUAGCAAUUAGAGAUAUGGCAAAAGAUAAAGAAAUCCAAAAGCUCAGCGAAAUAAAUAGAGGAAUCAUUAUAGAUAGAGAUGAAAUACAAGAAAGAUACAGAUACUUGGAAAGCAAACUGCUUUCUGCUGAUAAGAACCGUUCUCCAAUCACAGGAAAAAGAACCAUGGUAAUUUUGGACAAAUUAAAGAAACUAAAUAGCCAAAAUGUAUUAUCAAAAUAUGCAUUUUGUAGGAAACUCCCAAGGGAAUCUAGCUAUAACAGCCUUGAUUAGAUUAGAUUAGAUUAAUUAGUUUUAGCGGGUCACGGAGGUUUAUUUCAGCCUCUACCCAGCGCUGCCAGCUUCAGGCUUGCGCCCUAUGCACCGGCUCUGUUGCUCACUCCAUUUUCUGUCGACGUCACCAAAAAAUGGUGACGUCGCCAUCUGACAGGGAGACUCACCCAGGUACUCCUUUGAUCAGGGUCUAGUGACCCGGCGCCGUCCUUUCUGGGGAGGGGGGAAAAGUAGCCUUCCGGAGUCUUCUUCAGGUCCCCAAGCUCCACUACAAGCUUCCUCACUUCCUUCUAGUCCUGAAGUGUGACUCCUGAUUUUGCGGUUCUGGUCUUCUCGUCUUUGUGAGGGGCAAAAAACCUUGUCGUGGUGUCCCGACCAAGGUAAAAAACCCACCCUGGACACAAUAUCCAGGCCCCGUUUACUUCUUAACCCCGUAGUCCCUGAGGGUACAGGAGAAGAACGGGUCGGAUGGCUCGCCAUUUUAAUUGUGUAUAACAGCCUUGAAGAUGCUCAAUUAUCAGUUCCAACAAUGAGAUCUUCAGAUUCAAAUAUUAAUGUAAUUAGAAAUAGAAGAAGAGGAUCUUCUUCAUCAUCUACUACAGAAUUAGACAUUGGGAUAACCCAUGAAGAAAUAAAUGAAAUAAUUUCUUCUCUUAUUGAUCAGGAAUAUCUUAUGUGAAAUCCAGCAAAAGGAGUAGCAGCUGACCUCGACUUGGCAAGCAUUGGAAUGAAUGCUAUUCAUGUAUAUACUCAAUCUGUUGAUUCUUUGCCUGGGGUCACAGAAAAAGUGCUCACAAUUGACUCUAUGCCAGAUAGAAAAAACAGUGCAACUAUGUAUAGUCUUUGCGGUGACUCGCAGCCGCUUUGUGAAGUAUUAAGAACAAUAGGAAUAUGAGACUUUGACACCCUUAAUCUGCCUUUUAGUAAUAUGCAUUAAUAAUGCUUUUUGAAUUUUCAUUUAGCUUGUAAAAUUCUAAUUGAUGUUUAAAAUAUUUAUAGUGAACUACACUGACUGGCACGGGGUGCUUUUGGCUCAGUUUCGAGCCAAAAGCACCCCGUGCCAGUCAGUGUAGUUAACUAUAAAAUAUUUUUAAAUUAAUCUAUUAGCAGUUAUCACAAAUUUUAUUUAUUAAAUUAGAAGAAGAGCUAGAGUAAUUCAGUCCAUAAAUAACCCUGCAUUUGAAGUAGGCAGAUAUAUUUUUGAUUUUUUGGACUUGAUUGAUAGCAUGGAUAUUGAUACCCACCUACUAAACCGAUUUUUAACUGUAGUAGAAGAAGGCUAUCAAAAAGAAAAUUUUUACCAUAACUCCAUCCAUGCAGCAGAUGUGGCAGCUUCUAUUGUAUUUUUAAUUAGAGAUGGACUUGCUGUCAGUGGGAAAAUAUUAGAUAUUGAUGUAUUUUCUCUUGUAGUGGCUGCGCUUUGUCAUGAUAUAGGCCACCCAGGUGUAAAUAAUGGAUUUUUAGUAGCAACUCAAGACCCACUUGCCAUUAAAUAUAACGACCAAAGUGUUUUAGAAAAUAUGCAUGCAAAUAAAACUUUCCAAAUAUUAAACUCCCCCCUCCGUGAGUGUUAAUUUUUUUUUUUUAAAAAAGAUUAUAUAUAUAAAUUUUAUAAAAAAUAUUUUUUUUCGAAAUUUAAAAAAUCCUAAUUCGCAAAAAUUGAAAAGCAAAUAUUAAUUUAAUUUUUAUAAAAUUGUGUUUUAAAAAGCAAUUUGUUUAAAAUUAAACAGAAUUAGCUCUAGAUUUCAUUAUACUAAUUGUCAUUAAUAUAUCAAAAUUUUUUUCCAUAAAAAAAUUUUUGUUCAGGAGAACUUUUUGGGACGGCAAAAAUACUGCAAGGCUCUGCAAAAAACUGCAAGGCCAGUAAAAAAAUGGCAAAGCCAAGCAAAAAAAUGCAAAACUUGCAAAAUUUUUGCAAGUUUUGCAAAAACAUUGGACAAAAGCAAAAGCAAUUUAAAAAAAAAAAAAGCAAAGCCAUGCAAAAAUUUAAAAAAAAAUUAAAAAAUUUCGCAAAGCAGGCAAAACUUUUGCAGGGUGGGCAAAAAAGUUGCAAAAAUUGGCAAAAAUAACGAUUAGAAAAUUUAACAGUAAAAUUAAUAAUUUAUUGGAAGUGUAGUACAAUGUUAAAUUAUUUAAAAAACAUAUAAUAUAGAAAAAAUAGAAAUUAAUUUCGUUAAAUAAAUGCUAAAGUCUAAUACAAAUAUCUUUUAAAGAAUUUUCCAAAAACAUAACUUAAGAAUUUUAAAAAAUUUGGAAAAUUUAAUUUUGGCAAAACACUUUGUUGUAUCUCAUUUUAAAAUUUUGCCAAAAUUAAAUUUUCCAAAUUUUUAAAAUUCUUAAGUUAUGUUUUUGGAAAAUUCUUUAAAAGAUAUUUGUAUUAGACUUUAGCAUUUAUUUCACGAAAUUAAUUUCUAUUUUUUCUAUAUUAUAUGUUGUUUAAAUAAUUUAACAUUGUACUACACUUCCAAUAAAUUAUUAAAAUUUUACUGUUAAAUUUUCUAAUCGUUAUUUUUGCCAAUUUUUGCAACUUUUUUGCCACCCUGCAAAAGUUUUGCCUGCUUUGCGAAAUUUUUUCAUUUUUUUUUAAAUUUUUUGCAUGGCUUUGCUUUUUUUUUUAAAUUGCUUUUGCUUUUGUCCAAUGUUUUUGCAAAACUUGCAAAAUUUUGCAAGUUUUGCAUUUUUUUGCUUGGCUUUGCCAUUUUUUUUACUGGCCUUGCAGUUUUUUGCAGAGCCUUGCAGUAUUUUUGCCGUCCCAAAAAGUUCUCCUUUUGUUCACUCACGGAGGGUGGAUUUUUGGCCAAAAAAUAGGGAUUUUUCUAAUGGCUUUGUUCACUCACGGAGGGGGGGGGGGUAAGCAAUUUAAGCACGAAUAUUGUGAAAGGGUUAUCAAAGCCAGAUUAUCAGAGAUUCAGAAAAAUAGUUGUUUUAGCGAUUUUAGCAACUGAUUUGCAGGUGCAUUUUGAUAAGCUUGCAGAGUUUAAAACACAAGUGGCUAAUAAACUAACGCUGACAGAUGAUAAAUUUAAACUUAUGUCUUUGCAAAUUUGUUUGAAAUGUGCCGAUAUAGGACAUGGAGCUAAAACUCUCGAAUUGCACAAAAAGUGGACAAAUUUAAUAACAAAAGAAUUUUUCAGGCAAGGGGAUAUGGAAAGAAAUCGAGGAAUCCCAGUAACUCCUCUUUGUGAUAGAAUAAAUGUUAUAGUCAGUAAAUCACAGGAAGGGUUUUUAAAAGUGCUGGUAAGGCCUUUGUUUGAGCUUUGGGAAGAAUUUGUGGAACAAAGUGCGAGCACUGAGAAGAAAAAAGAUGGAUUAGGGAUAAAGAUUUGUAUGAGGAAUAUUAUUUGUAAUAUAGAGUAUUGGGAUAAUGAAUAUAGCCUUUACAAAGAAGGAAAACAUACAUAUUUUCUUGAUGAUUUACCUCCACCAUUAUAUAUAUCAUAG